AUGCAAAAUCAAUACUUUGUAAAAGGGUUAGGAUUUAGUCAAAAAUAAGAGCCUUAAGAGACUAGAUCUUAUGGAAGAAUAAAAAAAUCUCCAUAUUCAACAUAUAAUAAUAGAAGUUAUAAUUUAGUAAGAAAAUUAUUUUAAAGUUAGAAUUAUCACGAUAUUAGAAUGUGUUAAUAUCGUAUAAAAAAGAUGAUACUUAUUCUCAAUAAUGCAAUUAAGAAUUAGGCUGCAACAAUGUUCAAAUAUUUAAGGUAGUUUUGUCAAGUUGAAUUAGUAUAUAUGUACAAAAUAAAUAAGAGGAAGAAAUUAAAGCCUAAUUAAGAGUUAUCCAAGAAGGUUUAUUGAGAUUCUAACAUGCUAUAACAUUAUAUAAUUAAAGAUUAAAAGGCACAGGAUUUUUUCAUAUUGCAAAAGUAGAUGUAAUGUCCCAUUUGAAAAAAGAAUUAAGAAAUCAACAUUCUUAAUAGUAUUAACCACUUACUCAUCAAAUAUUUAGAAAAUGGUUAAAGUUAACACUGGAAUUGAAAUUGAAUAGACUUCUAAAAUAAUAAUAAUAGAAUAUGAUAGGUUUUUAUAAAUUUACUUUGUGCAAAAUAAUAACAAAAUAAGAGUCAUUAAAAGUAUGGAGUUUUAAUAAAUUAAGAAUUACUCAAAGAAAAUCAAAAUUAAACAGAUUAAUAAUUAACUUAGGUUUAUAGUAUUUGAGAGUGAAUCUAUAUAAUGCUGAAGAAGCAACAUACAUAUAUAUAAGGAAACCACAUUAAUUAGAAUUAAUAGAAGCAUUUUAAAAAAUAAAGAAUUAUAAAUAUUUCAAUUCAAAUCAGCAUUACUUUAUUUUAAUAUUAGUCAACAAAAUCAGUAACAACAUUAAAUUACAUAAGAUAGUAAAUUAAAUGUAUUGAGAACUUUGUUCUUAUAAUCCAUAAAAAGAGUUGAUCACGAUUUUCAUUGUGUUGUACCAAAUGAAUAAAAACAAUAAAUUGAUAUAGAAUUAGCUAGAUAAUUAGUUCAUUGCAAAUUAGAACAUUAAAAAUUAUAAUAGAGAUUUAUAAAAAAAUCAAAUUUACAUCCUACUAUUGGAAUCUUUGAAACAAUCAAAACAAUUUUAUAUAAAUAAAUGAUACCAGUUUUCAUUCGAAUACGAGGAACUCUAAAAUAAACUUAAAUAUAAGAUAUUGAUGUUUAAGAUGGAAUUUCAAAGAAUUUAGUAAAUUUUAUGUUUAUUCAAGAGUAUUUUAGCUAGUAAAUUAAGUGCAAAAAUUAAAACUAAAAAUUUUAAAUCUUAAAAUUUAGAUAUUCAUUUAAGACUUGAAACAAUAUUCAGAAAGAAUUAUAUGCAUGAAAGAAGAUUAAUAAUGAAAUAUUUAAAAAAAUGGCAAAUUAAUAUUACAUUUCCAGUUUAAUUAUAUCAUGAUUAUGAAAUGAGAUUAAAAGUAUUGUAAAAUGAAAAGGUGAAUAUUUUAUACUUAUUUUUAUAGGAAGUAAUAAUGACUGAUAUUGAAUAAUUAGAAAUAUUGAAUAAUGAAUUAAUGAAUACUAUGAAUGAAGUUAAAAAGAAUUUCUUAUCAGAUGAAUCAAAUUUUAAUACUUCUAAAAAGAAUGAUUAAAAAUAAAUUGAAAUUCAAAAAUUUGAUAUUUAAGAUAACUUAACUUCACAAAAAGAAAUCAAAAUAGCUUUUGAAUAUGUUGAUUAUCUUAAAGAGGAUGUAUAAUAUAUAAUAUAAAUUAGAAUAUUAAUUUAAAGAAGUAAGUUUAAAUAAAUGAUUAACUUAUGAUGAACGAAGUCUAAAAAUUAGAAUAAGAACUUUAAGUAAGAUAUAUUCUAAUAUGAAAGGAACUCAAAAAUUAAUUAUCAAAUUGA